AUGAAGGUGCUUGUGCUCGCCUUCACCGUGGCCCUUGCGGCUGGUUACCAUGUCAACUUUGCCCCUGAGUUUGCCGCUGGAAAGACCUACGUCUACAAAUAUGAAGCCUUGGUUAUGGGUGGCCUGCCUGAAGAGGGCCUGGCACGGGCCGGAGUGAAAGUCCGUAGCAAAGUCAUGAUCAGUGCCGCGGCCUCGGACACCUUCUUGCUGAAGCUUGUCGACCCUGAAAUCUUUGAGUACAGUGGCAUCUGGCCCAAAGAUGCUUUCCUCCCAGCCACCAAGCUGACUUCAGCCCUGGCUGCUCAACUCCUGACACCCAUCAAGUUUGAGUAUGCUAACGGUGUUGUCGGCAAAGUGUUUGCACCUGCUGGCAUCUCUGUUACUGUGCUGAAUGUCUACAGAGGAAUCCUCAACAUGUUCCAGCUGAACAUCAAGAAAACUCAGAACGUAUAUGAGCUGCAAGAGCCUGGAACACAGGGUGUGUGCAAGACCCACUACGUCAUCAGUGAGGACGAAAAGGCAGACCGCAUCCUGUUGACCAAGACCAAGGACCUGAACCACUGCCAGGAGAGAAUCAUUAAGGACAUCGGCUUGGCUUACACACAGAAAUGUCCAGAGUGUGAGGCUAGAGGAAAGACCCUGAAGGGAGCCUCUGCUUUUAACUACGUCAUGAAGCCAGCUGCCACAGGUGCUCUGAUCUUGGAGGCAACUGCUACAGAGCUCAUUCAGUUCUCACCUUUCAACAUCCUGAAUGGCGCUGCCCAGAUGGAGGCUAAGCAAAUCCUGACUUUCUUGGAGAUGGAGAGGACCCCAGUGGAGCCCAUCAGAGCUGAAUAUCUUCACCGUGGAUCUCUGCAGUAUGAGUUUGGCAGCGAGCUUCUUCAAACACCCAUCCAGCUUCUGAGGGUCAGCAAUGCUGAGGCUCAGAUUAUUGAGGUCCUGAACCACCUGGUGACUUUCAACGAGGCCAGGGUGCAUGAAGAUGCCCCUCUGAAGUUUAUUGAGCUCAUUCAGCUGCUGCGUGUGGCCAGAUUGGAGAGUAUUGAGGCCCUCUGGACUCAGUUUAAAGCUAGACCCGAUCACAGGCACUGGAUCCUGAAUGCUAUCCCUGCCAUUGGUACUCAUACUGCUCUGAGGUUCCUCAAGGAGAAGUUCAUUGCUGGUGAGCUGACUAUGGCCGAAGCUGCUCAAGCCCUGCUGGCAUCUGUACAAAUGGUUACAGCCGACCUGGAGGCCAUCAAGCUUGUUGAGGGCCUGCUGGAGAACCACAAGAUCAGAGAAAACCCAGUUCUGCGUGAGAUUGUCUUCCUGGGCUACGGCACCCUGGUUGCUAAAUACUGUGCAGAGAACCCAACUUGCCCAGCUGAGCUUGUGAGGCCCAUCCAUGAACUGGCAGUCCAGGCUCUUUCCAGAAGUGACAUUGAGGAGCUCACUCUUGCUGUCAAAGUCUUGGGCAAUGCUGGACAUCCUAGCAGCCUUAAGCCGCUCUUGAAGCUCCUCCCUGGCUUUGGAAGUGCUGCUGCUGGUCUGCCACACAGAUUACACAUUGAUGCUGCUCUGGCCCUGAGAAACAUUGCUAAGAAGGAGCCCAAGAUGAUCCAGGACAUAGCUAUCCAGCUGUUCAUGGAAAAGGCUGACAAGCCAGAGCUCCGUAUGGUUGCUGCUAUCAUUCUGUUUGAGACCAAGCUGCCCAUGGGUCUGGUGACCACUCUCGCUGAUGCCCUCUUGAAAGAAAAAGAUCUGCAGGUUGCUAGCUUUGUCUACUCUUACAUGAAGGCUAUGACCAGGAACACCGCUCCUGACUUCUCCUCAGUUGCUGCUGCCUGUAAUGUUGCUGUGAAGCUCCUCAGCCCCAAAUUCGACAGACUGAGCUUCCGUUACAGCAGAGCUCUCUAUCUUGAUUACUACCACAACCCCUGGAUGAUGGGUGCUGCUGCCAGCGCUUUCUACGUCAACGAGGCUGCAACUGUGUUGCCAAAAGCCGUUGUGGCCAAAGCCCGCACCUACCUGGCAGGAGCUUAUGCUGAUGUUCUUGAGGUUGGAGUGAGGACUGAAGGAAUCCAGGAGAGUAUCCUGAAACACCACAAGGCUGGAGAGAACGUUGACAGGAUGACCAAGAUGAGAGAAGUCAUGAAGGCUCUGUCUGAGUGGAGGGCUGAUCCUUCCAGCGAGCCCCUGGCCUCUGUGUAUGUGAAGUUCUUCGGACAGGAAAUUGCAUUUGCUAACGUUGACAAAGCCAUUGUUGAUCAGCUUAUUGAGGUGGUCACUGGACCAGCAAUUCAAACUUAUGGCAGAAAGGCUUUGGAUGCUCUGCUGUCUGGUGUUGCGUUGCAUUACGCUAAACCAAUGCUGGUUGCUGAGGUUCGUCGCAUCCUUCCUACCACUGUUGGUCUGCCCAUGGAGCUCAGUUUCUAUACUGCUGCUGUGGCUGCUGCAUCUGUUGAAUUCCAAGCCACUGUUUCACCACCUCUUCCUGAGAACUUCCAUGCUGCCCAUCUUCUGAAGUCUGACAUCAAGAUAAGGACUGCCAUCACUCCAAGCAUUUCCAUGCACACCUACGGAGUUAUGGGAGUGAACACUGCUCUCAUCCAGGCUGCACUGAUGUCAAGAGCCAGAGUUCACACAAUUGUUCCAGCAAAGAUGGAAGCAAGAAUUGACAUGAUUAAAGGCAACUUCAAGCUUCAGCUCCUGCCUGUUCAGGGGGUCGAUAAGAUUGCUCAUGCAGUGGUUGAGACUUUUGCUGUUGCAAGAAAUGUGGAAGACCUGGCAGCCGCCAAAAUCACACCAAUGAUUCCAGCUGCAGCUGUAGCGCAGGCAUCAAGGGAGAUCUUCUCUUCAAGGAUUUCAAGGAUGGCAUCCUCUUUGGCUGCUGGCAUGUCAGCAUCAUCUGAAAUCAUUCCUGUUGACCUGCCGAGUAAAAUUGCCCGCAAAGUCAAACUCCCCAAGAUGUUCGAGAAGAAAAUGUGUGCUCAAAUCGAGACCUUUGGAAUCAAGGCAUGUACCGAGAUUGAAUCUCGCAAUGCUGCCUUCAUCAAAGACUGCGCCCUCUACGCUGUGAUUGGAAGUCAUGCUGUCUCAGUUGAGGUUGCUCCAGCUACCGGACCAGUCAUUGAGAAGAUUGAAAUUGAGGUUCAAGUCGGAGAAAAAGCAGCAGAAAAGAUCAUCAAGGUGAUCAACAUGAGCGAGGAAGAGGAAACUCUCGAAGACAGGAAUGUCCUGAUGAAACUCAAGAAAAUCUUGGUUCCCGGUGUGAAGAACAGCACAGCAGUUUCCUCCAGCUCCAGCUCCAGAUCCAGCUCCAGCUCCAGCUCCAGAUCCAGCUCCAGCUCCAGCUCCAGAAGCUCCCGCUCCAGCAUCUCCUCUUCUGUCUCCUCCAAGUCCUCCUCCAGCUCCUCCUCUCGCCGCCAGAGCAAGGCCGUCGAUGCCGUCGAUCCACUCAAAAGGGCGUCAAAGAGACUGAGCAGCUCCUCCAGCAGCAGAUCAAGCCUUCGCUCCAGCAGCCGCUCUUCCAGCUCCAGCUCCAGCUCCUCCAGCUCCAGAUCACUCUCCAAGCAAGAACUGUACGAAAUGAAGUUUAUCAAGAACCACAUCCACCAGCAUGCCCUGUCAGCAGCUCGUGCCAACAGCAAGAGCAGUGCCUUCAGCUUCGAGACCAUCUAUAAUAAGGCCAAGUACCUUACUAAUAGUGUCACUCCUGCUGUGACCGUCCUCAUCCGUGCUGUGAGAGCCGACCACAAGGUUCAGGGAUACCAGAUUGCAGCUUACUUGGACAAAGCUACCGCCAGACUGCAGGUCAUUUUCGCCAACCUGGCCGAGGACGACCACUGGAGAAUGUGUGCUGAUGGUGUGAUGCUGAGCACCCACAAGCUGAUGGCCAAGUUUGCCUGGGGCCUGGAGUGCAAACAGUACGAGACUGAGAUCACAGCUGAGACUGGUAUGGUGGGUAAAGAGCCUGCCGCCCGCGUGAAGAUUACCUGGGAGAAACUUCCUCAGAGCAUGAAGCGAUACGCAAAGGAGAUCUCUGAAUUAAUUUCCCGCUAUGCUCAGGAACUCGACAUUACCCAGGCAAAGGUCAAAAAUGUUCGUAAUGAGAUCAAACUGUCUGUGGCUGCUGCUACUGAGACAAGCCUGAACAUUGUGCUGAAGACACCAAAGAGAACAAUGUACAAACUUGGCGUGGGUCUCCCUAUUGCUCUGCCACUGGGAGAAACUGCAGCUGAGCUGGAACCGUUCCAGAACAACUUGCCUGACCAGAUCUCCUACAUGCUCACCAAGGCUCAUGCAGCUGAGUGCGCCCUGGUCAAAGACACACUGGUCACAUUCAACAAGAGGAAAUUCAAGAACGAGAUACCUCACUCUUGCUCCCAGGUUUUGGCUCAGGAUUGCACUCCAGAACUUAAAUUCAUUGUUCUGCUGAAGAGGGACGUAACACUGGAACAGAACAUGAUCCAUGUGAAGAUCGCAAAUCUGGAUGUGGAGCUGUAUCCAAAGGACAACGCUGUCAUGGUGAAGGUUAACGGAGAAGAAAUCCCCAUCAGGAACCUGCCAUAUGUGCAUCCCACAGACAAAAUUCAGAUCAGACAGAGGGGUGAGGGCAUUGCUCUCCAGGCUCCCAGCCACGGUCUCCAGGAGGUCUACUUUGAUCUGAACGCACAGAAGGUUAAAGUUGUGGACUGGAUGAGAGGACAGACCUGUGGACUCUGUGGAAAGGCUGAUGGUGAAAUCAGACAGGAGUACCGCACACCCAACAAUCGGGUGACCAAGCACCCCACCAGCUACGCUCAUUCCUGGGUUCAGUCUGGAAAGAGCUGCAGGGACGCCUCUGAGUGUCACAUGAAGCUUGAAUCUGUGAAGCUGGAGAAACAGGUGAGCCUUCAUGGCCAGGAGUCCAAAUGCUACUCUGUUGAGCCUGUGCUGCGCUGCCUGGCCGGCUGCGUGCCAGUGAGAACCACCACCGUCCAGGUCGGCUACCACUGCGUGCCCAUUGAGUCUAACCUGAACCGCUCUGAGGGUCUGAGCAGCAUCUAUGAGAAGAGCAUUGACUUGAGGGAAACAGCAGAAGCUCACCUCGCCUGUCGCUGCACUGCUCAGUGCGCUUAGUCUCACUGCCUUCAGUCAUAUUGUGUACAAUUUGUUUUAAAUGAAUUAAAUAAAUUGCA